UUGGACUGUCCCAGAGACCCGGUCCGGGAGGGAGACGGUGGCAAGAUGGUGUUGGAAAGCACUAUGGUCUGUGUGGAUAACAGUGAGUAUAUGCGGAAUGGGGACUUCUUGCCCACCCGGCUACAGGCCCAACAGGAUGCUGUCAACAUCGUGUGUCACUCCAAGACCCGCAGCAACCCUGAGAACAACGUGGGCCUCAUCACAUUAGCCAAUGACUGUGAAGUGCUGACCACACUCACCCCUGACACUGGCCGCAUCCUGUCCAAGCUCCACACUGUUCAACCCAAGGGCAAGAUCACCUUCUGCACCGGCAUCCGAGUGGCCCACCUGGCUCUGAAGCACCGGCAGGGCAAGAAUCACAAGAUGCGCAUCAUCGCCUUUGUGGGAAGCCCCGUGGAAGACAACGAGAAGGAUCUGGUGAAACUGGCCAAGCGCCUCAAGAAGGAGAAAGUAAAUGUGGACAUUAUCAAUUUUGGGGAAGAGGAGGUGAACACAGACAAGCUGACGGCCUUUGUAAACACACUCAAUGGCAAAGAUGGGACCGGUUCUCACCUGGUGACAGUGCCUCCUGGGCCCAGUUUGGCUGAUGCACUCAUCAGUUCUCCCAUUCUGGCUGGAGAAGGCGGCGCCAUGCUGGGUCUGGGUGCCAGCGACUUUGAGUUUGGAGUAGAUCCCAGUGCUGAUCCUGAGCUGGCCCUGGCCCUCCGUGUUUCUAUGGAAGAGCAGCGGCAGCGGCAGGAGGAGGAGGCCAGGCGGGCAGCUGCGGCCUCUGCAGCCGAAGCUGGGAUUGCUUCCUCUGGGACCGAAGGUGAAAGAGACUCGGACGAUGCCCUGCUGAAGAUGACCAUCAGCCAGCAGGAGUUUGGUCGCGCGGGCCUCCCUGACCUAAGCAGCAUGACUGAGGAAGAGCAGAUCGCGUAUGCCAUGCAGAUGUCCCUGCAGGGAGCAGAGUUUGGCCAGGCAGAAUCAGCUGACAUCGAUGCCAGCUCCGCCAUGGACACGUCGGAGCCUGCUAAGGAGGAAGAUGACUAUGACGUGAUGCAGGACCCUGAGUUCCUUCAGAGCGUCUUGGAGAACCUUCCAGGUGUGGACCCCAACAAUGAGGCCAUUCGAAAUGCCAUGGGCUCCCUGGCUUCCCAGGCCACCAAGGACGGGAAGAAGGACAAGAAGGAGGAGGACAAGAAGUGAGGCUGGGCGAGGGGUGGCUGAGCUGGCUCAGGACUGUAGAGAGUGGGGCAGGAGGUAGGGCUAGUUACGCAAUCUGUAACUAUUGCAACUUAAAUAAAACUUGACAUCUUUUUC